AAGAAGGAAGGAGGGGCGGGCGCGAGGCCGCGGCGGAGGAGGAACUUGUGGCCGCGGCUGCGCCGUGCUGUUCCCUUCGCUCCAGUUCGCCGGGCGGGCGCGGUGCGGCGCGGCGGCUGCGGCGGCUGUGGCGGCUGAGGCGGCGGAGGCGCGGGUCCGGGGCGAUGCGGCGCUACCUGCGCAUCGUGGUGCUGUGCCUGGCCUGCGGCUUCUGCUCGCUCCUCUACGCCUUCAGCCAGCUCGCCGUGUCCCUGGAGGAAGGAGCGGGCGGCGGUGGCGGGAAGCCGCAGGCCGCAGCGGCUUCCUGGCUCGCGGGCGGCGGACGCGGCGGCGCGAGAGGGGUGGGCAGUGCGGGCCCCGCAGCGCAUCCCGGCCGGUCAGACAGGUGUAAAGAUUUCUCUCUGUGUUACUGGAAUCCCUAUUGGAUGCUGCCCUCUGAUGUUUGUGGAAUGAACUGCUUUUGGGAAACGGCUUUUAGGUAUAGUCUAAAAGUGCAGCCUGCUCAAAGAAUGCACCUCGCUGUGGUUGCCUGUGGUGAAAGACUGGAAGAAACUAUAACCAUGUUGAAGUCAGCUAUCAUUUUCAGCAUCAGACCGCUGCAGUUCCAUAUUUUUGCUGAAGAUCAACUACAUGAUAGUUUUAAAGGCAUACUUGAGAGCUGGUCAUUUCUGCAGACAUUUAAUUAUUCAUUAUACCCAAUAACUUUUCCAAGUGAGAAUGCAGCAGAAUGGAAAAAGCUGUUUAAACCGUGUGCUUCCCAGAGAUUGUUCUUGCCAUUAAUCCUGAAAGAAGUUGAUUCACUCUUGUACGUGGACACGGAUAUCCUUUUUUUACGGCCAGUUGAUGAUAUUUGGUCUUUACUAAAGAAAUUUAAUUCCACACAAAUUGCUGCAAUGGCACCAGAACAUGAAGAGCCUCGAAUAGGAUGGUAUAAUCGCUUUGCCAGACACCCAUACUAUGGAAAAACUGGAGUAAACUCUGGAGUUAUGUUGAUGAAUAUGACUAGAAUGAGAAGGAAGUAUUUCAAGAAUGACAUGACAGCUGUACGGCUGCGAUGGGGAGAUAUACUUAUGCCACUGCUUAAAAAAUACAAACUGAAUAUCACAUGGGGGGAUCAAGAUCUGUUGAAUAUCAUCUUUUUUCAUAAUCCAGAAAGCCUUUUUGUUUUUCCAUGUCAAUGGAAUUAUCGACCAGAUCAUUGUAUAUAUGGAAGCAAUUGCCAGGAAGCAGAAGAAGAAGGAAUCUUUAUUCUUCAUGGGAACAGAGGUGUUUACCAUGAUGAUAAACAACCGGCAUUUAGAGCUAUUUAUGAAGCACUGAGAAAUUGUUCUUUUAAAGAUGACAACAUCCGUUCCUUAUUAAAACCUUUAGAACUGGAACUACAAAAGACAGUCCAUACCUACUGUGGAAAAAUUUACAAAAUAUUUAUCAAACAGCUAACAAAAAGCAUACAAGAUCGUUAUGAUAGACCACCAAAGGAAAGGUGAUUCUUGGUGACUGCCAAAUCAAAUGAAUUAAAACAACAAAAUAUCAGGGGAUAUGUGUGAAGGAAUAGUCUUGAAUGAAGUGUUCAGGAAGGAAUUAUUCAUCUUCAGAAUAAUUGUUUUUCCUGAAGAAGUUAAAUAAGCAAAUAUUCAUGUAAUGAAGAAUAAGUUAAAGUAUUGGAUCCCAACAAGAAGACACUUUUGAUCUCUGAUGUUUUGUAAUGUUAUUUGCUGUCAUUCCAGUAUUGAUGAAAACAUUGAAUGGUUGUAGCCUACAGAAUUUGGUUGACUCUUCUCAAGUAAGUAAGAACAGUAGGGGUGUAUGGAUGGAGAAAAUGUACCUCAUACACAGUGAAAACACUCAAACUGUGAGUAUAGCAGUAGUUUUAUGUCAGCACUAACCUCACUUUAAAUGUGUGACACAAAGUUUACAGGAACAGAACGUGUUCUGUUUCUAAAGCAAUGUGAUGUAACCGAUGUAACUAUUGACAAUCGAUGUGUGCCUUUAUACAUUUCAUCUCUGUUUUAAACUAUUUCUGUGACAAUCAUGUUUAAGAUUAGAUUAUAAGUAAGCUGCACGUUUAAAACUGAGCUGUAUAAGAAAGUGAAAAAAAUGGUAAAAAUGUUGGGAGUUUUUGUCUCUUUGUGUGUUUGUGAAAUGUAGUAUUUUCAUUUGUAUAUGCUAACCUGUCUUGCCAAAACUCAGAUCUGAGAUUGUUAAACAGAUAUUUUUGGAAAUUUUCAUCACUUUAAAUGAAAAUUUUCAGCUUUACUGGGCAUUCUGGAAGCAAAAGAUCUGCUGAUCAUAAAUGAGAACCUAACUAGUAUGAUUCCGUGAUUGUGGAAAAUGUGAUGGACCAAAAUGCAUAAGCUGUAUACUUCCUGUGAACAGUAAUAUUGGUUACAAUGAAGCAGGAAAAAAGGUGGUCCAUUUAAACUUUUUUUUUCUUCUACCUCAGAAUGGCUUUGCUAGAUACUUUUGAAGAAGCAAAUGUAGAGAGCCUUACUUUAAGUCAGUCAGACAAUGUUCAAGAAUGAUUUGGAUUAAGAAGAUUGUUCUGAGUAUUAAAAAAGUAGUUUUGAUUGGUUUAAUGUACAUGUCUUCCUUUUUUGAGCAUCACUUAAGACUUUCUUUUAAUCUUGAAACAUUAUUUCUCUUAGUGUUCUUGACUAUUCUCUAACGUAACUGUAGAUUCUGAGUACUUAGCAUGUACUGUCCUGCAGUGUAUGUCUCACUUUAGUAAGUACUACAUGGUUAUUCUUUUCCCUUUUGAUAUCUUAAUACUUAGAGAAGGGAAAAUCAUGAAGGAAGAAUACCACUUGUGUGAAAAUAGUGGUGAUUAGCUUUAUAAAGCUAGAGUGCCCUCUGUGGAAACAUGACAUAUGCAGAUAGACAUGGUCAGUGUGGUUGUCCCCUGUCUUUUUCACUUUAGUCAGGGUCAAAUUGAGAGAGGAAGGUGUAAAAAAGGCAAAUUGGAAGUUAAUAACCAGCCCAGCAUUCUUCGAAUAGAUGGGUUUAGAGAACACAGCCCCUAUGUCCUUGGCAGAAUGCCAUGGUGAAUAUGAGAUCUUGUGAACUGUGCUGAAAUGAGUUUAUUGAGUAGAAAAUGAGAAUCCUAGAAUUUUGAAGUUUGGAGGGUACAUAUAAGAUCAUUUCUAGUGGCCCCCAAGAGAGAACUUUGCCUGUCUAUAUUAGACUCUCGUGGGGAGCUUGUUGAGUGUGGAUCCCUGGGCUUCACUUAGGAGACUCUUGUACACUGUGUCUAGGAUGGAGUCUGCAAACAUUUUUUUUAGUGAAGAGAUUUAAAAACUAUGCAAAAGUAGAACAGUACAGUGGUACUUCUUGCCCAGAUCAAACCCUUAAAAUAUCUUAACGAUGUUUGCAUUAUCUAUUCCCCUUUUCUUUGCUGAAGAGUCUCUUAAAGAAAAUCCCAGAGAGCCUAUUAUUUCAUCGCUAUAAGUACUUUGGUAACUAUGAUGACAUCAUACCUCCUUUGACGUCAUUUACUAUCCAUUCCUAAGCAAAUUUCCUUAAUUGUCUCCGAUGUUAGAAUUAGGGUACAAAAAUAAGUCAUAUGAUUCUGUUUUUAAUAAGCACCUCAGGUGAUUCUGAUGUCAGCUAGUUUAGAACUAUUAGGAAUCAUUUUGCCAACUUGAAGAUUGAAGUUAGAAUACCAUAAUUCUUGGCACAGCUGGAUUAUAAAUGUGAUUCUGAAAUAUUAGAGUAAUUGGGGUUAUUGAAAAAAUAGGAAUUUAUAUUAUUAGUAAGUUUCUUAGUUUUAAUUUCCUCAGUGAACAGAGAGCCUCUAAUAGAGUGGGUUGGGACUAUGUAGAGUAUGGUCAUGAUUUAAUCCAACUGAACUGUAUACUGUGGUCUCAUGUUGUGACUUAUUUACACUGUCACAUGCUUCAUACUGUAGAUCAGUUAGAAGGUUCUUCAUCUGGUUUAUUCAGACCUGACUUAAUUGGGCAUUUUACCAUAAAUUGGGGUAUGAUGAAAACUUCCUACUUUAGGGGCUAUAUUUACCUAAAAUUUAGGUUAUUACAGAAAGUUCAUAACAAUAGUAAAAUGAGUUUUCUGAAUUUAUCUUUAGAUAGGGUAACUUUUUCUUUGAGAAUUCUUAAGAAAGGCAGUUCUCAGCAUUAAUGAAAUAAAAUUGUAGAACAACGUAGAGAACAUAUUAUAUUUCUUUUCAUGAAACAGUAUAUCUAUGCAGUUUAUAUAAAUUACAUUAUAUAAUGUUCUUUGAGUCUUUGUGUUAGAACAAUUCUGACCUCAGAACGAUCUCUGGGCUACGGUAUUACCAAAGUGGAAUGACUUCAAACUGUAGUCAAACUUUAUUUGUAUGAAGUAGCCAUCUUAAAAGAACUUGGAAACCUUUAGAAAAUAUAUAUUGUGAUUUACAUUUUAAAGCAAUACAUAAAAUUUUUUUCCUUGUGAGGAAUAGUUCAUAAUAUAUAAGGUAACCCAGUUAUCUUUUGGACACUUUAGAACCUGAAAUAAUAGUACCGCUUAUCUGUUGCUCUUUCGUCUUGCCUCCCAUGAGAUGUUACUGGUAUAGUGGAAAGAAAACUAGUCCGUGUUACAUCUGGAUUAUUUUCUUGGUCUGGGAUCCCAGGCAUUUCAUUUCACCUUCCAUGUGCCUUGGUUUGUAAACAAUCAAUAUGCUCUUCCCACCUCAUGAGACUCAGAAGUCAUAAGUCAGGAAGUUAUGUGACUCAACAGAAAUGACAGAUUUGAAUGCAUUCUCUAUGGUUUGUACAUGCCACACGAGCAUUACUGUUGAGGUUCUGUUUUGUUAUGUUGCCUCCUAUACAUAUCAUUUUGUUUCCUUAGGGUGAGUGGAUGAGUGUUUUCUGACAUGUAUUAUAUCUCCAGUAUGAAUUUGCUUAUAUUAUGUAAGGAGGAGUUUUUAAGAAAGAGAAAGCAGAGCAGAAAGGGGUGAUUAUAAAUGAAUAAUCAAAUAAAGAGAAGGAAAAAAGAGAAAGUGAGAAAAGUGAGGACAGAGAAGGGAGUAAAAGUGAGAAUGGCAAAUGGCAGAGUAAGAGAAAAGAUGGAAUGAGAGUGGGAAAAUCGAGAAGUGGAGAUGGAGAGAGAUGCUAUGGAAACAGUCACUUUUUAGUUUAGCACUCCCUCCCCAUGCAACUGUCUUCUUGGCUUGUGUUUCAGUUCAUGAGACCCUCCAGGGUCAGGAGGGGUGUUGGCUUUCAUAGAGGUGGGCAGCACAGCUACCUUGGUUUGAUUUAUCAAUACUAGAGUCUUUUUCCGGUCACUCUACUCACUGACCUAAAUUUAGUGGUGAUGAUCAACAUUGUAUUUUUUUUUACCUGGAUCCCAGUUUGUGAGCUAAGACCUGUGGAAACAUGAUGACAGAUACCCUCCUUUAUAAUAUUGUUCUAAAGUCAUCCCAGGUGUUGGGUUAUGCAAGACUAACCACAUGGAUUCACAGGGGAGGCUGGGAUGGAGGGGAUGGCUUGGUUAGGUCCGAAGGGCCCCAGGAAUCUUAGCAGCAGUUUUUUACAUGAAACUGAUAGGAAGCCAAAUUUGGGAAUCAUUGCCCUGCUUUGAAUGGCAGUUUACACAAUAAAUCACAUCUAUUGAUUCUUCAGUAGGCAUAUUUGCAGUCACACCAUUAAGAAUGGAUUCAAGAGAAUAGGAGAAACACACUGAAGGGAAAAGCCUGAAAAGAUAUUAUUCAGUGUCUCUCAGAAGUUUGUAUUGUAAGUAAUAAAUACUUUAAUGGUAAUCAGAACCUCUUUGAAGUGUUUUAGAAAGAUCAUGGAUCUGUUUUUUGUUUUUAAAUAACUCUUUUGGUUCCUUAGAGUAAAUAGAGAAGGAUAGGAGGGGUGCAAUAUUUCAGGUGUGGGGCCAGUUAUCCAUUCAUUAAAUGUCUUUCAAGUGUCUUAAAACAACAAUUGCCUUAUGCAUUUUAAUAUUUAAUAAAAGUAGAUUAAAUAGUGAUUUGUACUGUAACAGUUAUCCUUUUAUACAUUGCCAAAGCAACCCUUUUUUGCCUCUUAAAGUCUGGCUAAGCUGUUCUGAUAUUUGCUGUUUCCUAAUUAACUGAACAUGAAACCAGAUUUCUAAAACCAAGUUAUAUAAACUUAAGACAAGUCUAAGAGGUGGCACAGGAAUGUUCUUUUUUUUUAAACAAAAAAUGACUAUAAUGUUAAUUCAGAUAUCUAGGAAUUACUCAACCAUGAGAAGAAUGUGGAAUAGCUGUUGGACUAGGUAGUUCAAAAUUGAUUAUAUGUCAAAUUUACUUUUAAAUGGAAAACAGUGUGUCGUCACCAUAUCUCUUAUCUCUACCAAUAAUUCCAAGUGUCUAAUGGUACUGUUUGUUUAGAAUUUUCUAUAAACUCAAUUUGUAAACAAAAGAGUGCCUUUGAAAAGAUAGGGAAAAAAAUCUCUUGAAAAUUUCUCUUAUUACCAAUACUGUGAAUGCUUUUUGAAGGGUCUGUGGUCAGGCAUUUUAAUAUCAAACUUAAGAACUGAUGCGGAACCUUUGCUUAUGUUUAGUUUAUAUAUACAAUCUGAAUUUGUGAGCAUAUUCACACACGUAUUACCAUGCAACUCCUUGUAAAACAUGAAGAGAACGCAACAGUGUUAUUCCAUUUAAAAAGUAAGUUAACUUUGACUGUGAUGGAAAAUAGCUGUUUUUAACUUUGUAUAAAAUCUCUUCAGGGAAUAUUGGAAUGUUGUGCAAAAAUAAUUCAGGGUUUGUAGUAUACCUGUAGAAUAGGUCAUCCAUUCAAGACUUAGCAAAACCCACAUACAUCAUAUGCAUUGUCAUCAGUGUUUGAGAGCUGGACCAAUGGUUUUUUAUGGAUGCUGUAAUAGAAGAUCUAUGAAGGGGAUGAUGGUUUGCACCUGUCUUUGAAAUCAGAAACUGGAAAAAUUUGCAAGUGUUUCAAUUUUUCAUAAGCAUUUUGCAUAAAUACAUUAAUAUUUUGAGUUAGUUUGGUCCUAAAGCUACAGGAAGGACUGUUGGUGUACUGUGAUAUAUAGAAAUUACUACCCUUAAACUGCCUUUUACCUUAAAAUAUUAUGGUUUUAGGAUAAUUUGGUUAUCUUCCUCCCAGUAUUUGGUGUAUCUUGAAAUUUAUUAAAGGGGUAUAAGAUGAUAGAUUUGGAUGUAACCUGAGAAUAAUGGAAAGUUGCUUUGUUCUGUUGUGGGGGGAAUUCAGUUCCUCUUUUUCUUGAGAAACUGUAUUGCUGUUGCUAAAUAAACAUGUACUUGAUAAAUGUUUAAUUUCUUCAAA